CAUCCCGAUUUCGCCGCCCAUCCACUCCCUUCCGAACCAAACAUUUUAUUUUUUAACAAAAGGGAAUACGGAGCGAAGGUCCCUCUUUCUCUCUCACUCACUUUGUCCCCUCUCUGCCGGAAUCUUCCCUCAUGGACAUCCGCCGGAGACCUCACAAACCCGACGUCGACCACUCCCACCCCCACCACCACCUUCAGCGGAAGGCUUCGGCCGCCGUUGAUCGGUCUCCGUCACCUACCCCUAAGGCCUCUGAUGCUCUCCCGCUCCCUCUUUACUUGACUAACGGCAUUUUCUUCACCCUCUUCUUCUCCGUUGCCUACUACCUUCUCAUCCGCUGGCGCGACAAGAUCCGCAAUUCUACCCCUCUCCAUGUCGUUACUUUCUCCGAACUCGCCGCCAUUGUCUCCCUCAUCGCCUCUUUCAUUUAUCUCCUCGGCUUCUUCGGAAUUGACUUUGUCCAGUCCUUCAUUGCUCGUGCCUCUCACGACGCUUGGGAUGUCGAAGGCGAGAGUGACCCCCGCUUCAUUAUCGAUGAGGAUCGCCGACAUGCCCCUUGCCAGGCCUCCCUCGAUUGCGUCGUCCCCACUCCCACUGCCGUCUCUAAAGUAAUGGAUCUUCACCCGAUUCCUCUUCCCUCCGAAGAGGACGAACAACUCGUACAAAAGGUUGUUUCCGGUGAAGUCUCAUCCUACUCGCUGGAAUCCAGGCUCGGUGAUUGUUACAAAGCAGCGUUCAUUCGCCGUGAGGCAGUGCAGAGACUGACUGGGAGGUCUCUUUCCGGUCUACCACUGGAAGGAUUGGAUUACGAAUCAAUUCUGGGGCAGUGCUGUGAAAUGCCAGUCGGAUAUGUCCAGAUCCCUGUUGGCGUUGCUGGGCCACUGUUGCUCAACGGCUGUGAGUACACUGUGCCUAUGGCGACAACGGAAGGGUGUUUGGUCGCCAGUACCAACAGAGGUUGCAAAGCCAUAUAUGCUUCUGGGGGAGCGACUUGUGUUCUUAUGAGAGAUGCUAUGACUAGAGCUCCUGUAGUGAGGUUUGCGACGGCAAAGAGGGCGACGGAUUUGAAGUUCUUCUUGGAGGAUCCUCUUAAUUUUGAGACCUUGGCAAUGGUUUUCAACGGAUCGAGCAGAUUUGCUAGACUUCAAACUAUUAAGUGCUCAAUUGCUGGGAAAAAUCUUUACAUAAGAUUAAGCUGCAGCACUGGUGAUGCAAUGGGGAUGAAUAUGGUGUCUAAAGGUGUUCAGAAAAUCCUGGAUUUUCUUCUAAAUGAGUUCCCAGACAUGGAGGUUGUUGGUAUCUCUGGAAAUUUCUGCUCUGAUAAAAAACCUGCUGCUGUCAACUGGAUUGAAGGGCGUGGAAAGUCAGUUGUCUGUGAGGCAACCAUUCCUGAGGAAGUGGUGAAGAAAGUGCUAAAAACCACUGUUACUUCCCUUGUAGAGCUUAACAUGCUUAAGAACCUUACUGGCUCUGCUCUUGCUGGUGCUCUUGGUGGUUUUAAUGCACAUGCUGCCAAUAUUGUGUCUGCGAUUUUCAUAGCUACUGGACAGGAUCCAGCACAAAAUGUAGAAAGUUCUCACUGCAUUACUAUGAUGGAGGCUGUGAAUGAUGGGAAGGAUCUUCAUGUCUCUGUGACCAUGCCUUCCAUUGAGGUUGGCACCAUUGGCGGAGGGACUCAGCUUGCUUCUCAAUCUGCUUGCCUAAACAUGCUGGGUGUGAAAGGUGCAUGCAGAGAAUCACCAGGGUCAAACUCAAGGCUCCUGGCAACCAUUGUUGCUGGUUCAGUCAUGGCCGGGGAACUGUCAUUGAUGUCUGCUAUUGCAUCUGGUCAGCUUGUCAAGAGUCAUAUGAAAUACAAUAGAUCAAGCAAGGAUGUGACUGAAGUGCCGGAUGAGUUGUUAACGCAAAUGGAGUGUGAAAAGAGUGUGUGAAUCUGUAGGUAGAUACAGGUAAGUGAGCAGGCAUUUGGCAUGUGAAGCAAGAAAAAGUUGCACCCAAUUAUUAUUCUGUGUACCUGAUAGAAGAAGCUACCCUACUGACUUGUGGCCAUAUAUUGCGAUCACAAGCAGUGUAGUAUCUGUAUCAUUCUGUCUGCAUAGUCAAUUAUCGUCUUUAUUUUCUGUUGGUUUUAACUUUUAAAUGUAAUUGGUGGUUGGUAACUUGGUACUAUAUUCUUUGGGAAGAUGCUUUGCAAGGUUAUUAUUGUUUGUUCUC